UAAUCCGUGGUGUUUUUGUGACGAUGUGAAAAUGGCGGCGAAUGAUCUACUAUAUUAACUUUGUCGGGAAUUCACACAGUGGACCUGUCUGAAUAAUGCUUACUUUCACUUAGAAUAGAAAAGUUACUAGACGAGUCUAGUCGGAGUUCACAUCUUAAUAGUAAACAAUACACGAGGAUUAUUUUAACCGCUGGAUUUUCCCCACUGUGAGCCCGAGUUUAAGUCUUGUGGAAAUGUGGUUUUAUUUUAAACUUGAACCGGGAUUAGCGUAUGUUACUCGAUAAAUAUACGCUCCUCACUCUUCGCCUCACUCUUCAUGGGUGACUGCAAUAUUAGACGUUGUACAUAUAAGCCGUAUGUAUAAGCAAGACCCCAUAUCUCUUUGUAUUUUAAUUUUUUUUCACCACCGCGAUUGUACUGGUUAGCGGAUGGUUAGCUGGUGCUGAUGCUCGUUCACUCUCCCUCAGCAGCGUUUAGCUUGACUAACGUUAGAUGAUUUUAUCAUGACCUGAUGUUCUUUCUUUUUGGUGUGAGAAUAUUAUACAAUAAUUUUGUAGCUUUAAGGUCCGCUUUUAUGUGAAUAAAGCUGCUGACGAGUUUUUAACUAUUUGAAAACAGUGAUUCUUUUAUCCAGGCAGUAUCCAUGUAACGUAUCGUUAUUUCGAUGAAACGGACACUGUAAUAAAGUGACAGUUGUGACGGUUAUUUCUAACGGGAUAAACUGACAGAAGCGCGCUCGCGACUUGCCCGUGCACUGGCGGGCUGCGCGUGAGUCUUUAUUCUGACAAUGGACGACCCCAAACCGCGUUACAGCAAGCGACUGCGGUCUGGCACGCGGCGGCGUUACCAAGACGAUGGCAUUUCCGACGACGAGAUCGAUGGAAAGAGGACUUUCGAUCUGGAGGAGAAGCUGCACAGCAGCCGCUUCAGCUCUGACCGAGUCAAACGCAUGGAGGGCAAAGACCUCACAUAUGAGUACGUCCAGAGAUGUGGGCUCCGGGACCCCAUCAUCUUUGAGAGACCUGAUGGACUUGGCAUUAAAAUGCCAGAUCAAGACUUCAGUGUGAAUGAUGUGAAGUUGUUUGUAGGAAGUCGGCGGAUGAUUGACGUGAUGGAUGUGUCUACUCAGAAGGGCACGGAGAUGUCAAUGGCCCAGUGGAGGCGCUACUAUGAAACUCCUCCCUCUCAGAGAGAGAAGCUUUACAAUGUUAUCAGCCUUGAAUUUAGCCACACUAAACUAGAGAGCCUCGUCAAAAGACCUGCCACGGUGGACAUGAUUGACUGGGUGGACAACAUGUGGCCACGACACUUAAAAGAAAGGCAAAGAGAUGCCACAAACUCGAUCAUGGACAUGCAAUACCCCAAAGUGCAGAAGUACUGCCUAAUGAGCGUGCAGGGCUGUUACACAGAUUUCCACAUAGACUUUGGAGGCACAUCUGUGUGGUACCACAUACUGCGGGGCUGCAAGGUGUUUUGGUUAAUCCCACCCACGCCACAAAACCUGGAGCUUUAUGAGAACUGGGUGUUGUCAGGGAAACAAGGCGACAUAUUCCUUGGUGACAAGGCCACUGAUUGCCAGAGGAUUGAGCUCAAGCAGGGCUACACAUUCAUUAUUCCAUCGGGUUGGAUUCAUGCAGUGUAUACACCAGUGGACACACUUGUAUUUGGUGGGAAUUUUCUACAUAGUUUUAAUAUCCCCAUGCAACUGCACAUCUCCAGCAUUGAGGACAGGACAAGGGAAGAUUUUCCUUACUGCUUUACGGUGCCUGCUAAGUUCCGGUAUCCGUUCUAUUAUGAGAUGGGCUGGUACGUGUUGGAGCGUUAUCUGUACAGCAUGACCAACACAUCAUACCUCAUCCCUGAGUUCCAGAAAUACUCUCUGGGCAUUGGCUUGAAGCAGGAAAGCUCGGGUUGUGAGGUACUAAAUGGUCACACUAAAGAGGAAAGGGAAGACAACGAUGCUCCCUCUCCACCUAGUGGGCCAGGGAUGAAGCUUCACUUGACUCCCUUUGAGCUGGAGGGGUUGUGGAACCUGGUAGGGAAGUUGGAGUCACUGCCCUCACAUAAGAAGUGUGUGCCUUCAGGAAUACACAAUGCUGCUGCCCUGCUACACGACAUACGGGCGUUAUUGAAAGAACAUGCCAAUGACAUCCCUAAACUCUCAUACACUGGAAAACCCAUUGUCAGAUGGCCAAAGAGGCCACCCUGGUACCAGCCUCCCCCUCCCCCUCCACCUGUCAUUCGUCCCAAGCUGGCAACCACACCCAUUGUUUCACGGCCAGUGAAACCAGCCUCCAAUAUGUCGGUCCUGCGACGGCGCCGCGUGCGCUGUAAACGCUGCGAGGCCUGUCUGCGCACAGAAUGUGGCGACUGCAACUUCUGCAGGGACAUGAAGAAAUUUGGUGGCCCUGGCAAACUCAAACAGACCUGUGUACUGCGCCAGUGUCUUGCUCCUGGUCUGCCGCUCUCUGCUGUAUGUGAGAUCUGUGAGGAAGGCAACCAGGAGACUAGUGAAGAGCUCAUGGAGUGCUCCAACUGUGCUCAGAUAGCACAUCCUAGCUGUUUGAAGACAUCUGGUGAGGGAGUGGUGAACAAAGACCUACCGAGCUGCUGGGAGUGUCCCAAAUGUGUUUUCGGCAAAGACACAGAUUCUGAGGUAACACAUGCAUGGCACGGGGUCGGGCGGCCCCCCUCUUCUCUCUCUCACGGGUCGCUCCAGAAACGGGCAGCAGCCCCUGAGCAGCGGCUCAGGAAGAGGCUAAAAUUGGAGGGUGGUAAAACACAUAAACGCAAAUCUUCAUCUCUUGAUCCUCGCGUGGCUAAGAUCUACCGGCGACACGGAAUGGAACACGAUGAUGAUUCAGGCAGCGAUGACGAUGGAGAUAGUGGCAAGAUGUCAUCAGUCCGGGGCGGGGUCUCUUCAUCCCGCCGAGGUUAUGGAGCUGGCAGGCGAGGUGUUUGGAGAGGCUCCUCGCAUCGAGGGAGUCGAGGGGGAGGCAGCUUGGCAACAAGUUCGCUGAAAAUGAGACGAGGACUCGGGGCAAGAGGGGAGAGUAGGGGUCGAGUUAGGUUACGAGGAGGAUCCCAUAUGAGGCGACGACGCUAUGAAACAGAGGAUGAUGAUGAUGACGAUGACGACGACGACGAUGAUGAUGAGGAAGAUGAUGAUGAUGAUGACAGUGAUGAAGAGAGGCACCUUGGCCGGUCAGAUAAGGAGCAUCGUUCAAGGAGACGGAGACGGAGAGGUGAUGACUACGAUGAUGAUGAUGAUGACGAGGAUGAUGAUGAUGAGGAAGACAGUGAGGAUCAGGACUUUGAUGGAGAGGAUGAUGAGAUGGAAGAUUUGGAUGAUGGAGGAGAGGAAGAUGAUGAGGAUGGAGAGAACCAAUCGGACUCUGAUCCUGAUCCACCCGUCUUACUUGUCUCAGACUUGAACGACGAUCUGCUGAACGAUUCCUACCUGACUGUGACCCUUCAGCGUCCUCCAAAGGCCAAACGUGACCCGGGCUCCAUUGUACCCAAACUAGAGGCGGCUAUGUCUCCCCGAACACCUAGCGGUCCUGGCUUCAUCCAGCGCAAAACGCUACCCAGGACCCGACUCAGGAACAGCACCUCGACACCUGCAGGAAAUGGCCUCUCUCAGUCCAAAAGCGGCCACACUUCCGGCCGCCACACAAGGCGGAACUCCAACCAAGAUGGUCGAGACAGAGACACGGCGUCACCUUCCUCUAUGUCUUCUCGUUCCUCUGUUUCUCCACCACCUCCUCCUCCAGCUGUCACCACUUCUUCUCCUCCUUCCCUCCUCUCUCAUCCCUCAUUCCGUGAUGUAGGAAACGAGCGUGGCUGUGAAAAAGACAUUUGGGUAUCAGUGUUUCGCUACUUGGGUCGGACUGACUUGGCUGUGUGUAUGAGAGUCUGCAAGGCUUGGUACAAGUGGUGUUGUGAUAAGCGCUUAUGGACACGGAUAGAUCUGAGUCGUUGUCGGGCACUCAGUCCUCAGGGUCUGUCAGCUGUCAUUAAACGACAACCUGUGACACUUGACCUCUCCUGGACACCUGUAUCAAAGAAACAGAUUGCCUGGCUCAUUCAUCACCUCCCAAGUUUAAAAGAUCUAAUAAUGUCAGGUUGUUCUUCAUUAUGCGUGUCAGCGUUAAGUUCGCAGAGCUGUCCGGGCUUGCGAACACUUGACCUUUGUUGGGCUGUGGGCGUCAAAGAUUCACAAAUAAAAGACCUUAUUGUGCAACCAGGCAGUGAAAGUCGCAGUCGAUUAAGAGGUUUGCUCACACUGCGCUUGUCCGGUUUGGAUGUGAGUGACUCUACCCUUAAGAUGAUCGUCAGACAUAUGCCUUCACUGCGCCGGUUAGAUUUGUCCCACUGCCAAGGUCUCACAGACCAGUCCAUCAACCUGCUCACAGCUACUGGCUGCAACACUCGCAACACACUCAGACAGCUCAAUCUUUCAGGUUGUAAUAAGUUGACAGAUGCGUGUCUGUCCUAUAUGAAGCGAUUAUCGGCUCUGGCUCUGUUGGAUCUGCGAGGCUGUAGGAAUGUGACUCGACACGGCUGUGAAAACUUCAUCUCUGACCUGUCCUACUGCACCUUAUUCUGUCUGACAGAGGACAAACUCAUCCAGAGAAUAUCAUAACGUGCACAUAUACACCACACACACACACACAUACAUACACACACAGUCUCUGCACAGCUCUGCUUAGUGAGCUUGCGAGUGUUCCAUCCCACUCAAUACAGGCUGAUCUAGCCUGAACGGGAGGACGAGGCUGAAGAAAACAGACUGGUGGAAGGAUACGGCCGCUUUUUUACAAGCAGGGUAAAAACAGGCUGACAGGGAAGAGGUAGUUUUCAAUGAGUAAAGUGGAUGAUUUUAUUCCCACAACCCAUGAGACCGAUCCAGGCACAUCCAGUGUGUGGCUUUUUCUUCUUCUCUGGGCAUUCAGCCUUAUCCAAAGUGACUUCUUCAGAAGAUGUUGCUGAUAUGCUUGAAACUGAACUUCAUAAUCCAGUCUGAGUGGGAUUUGGUGAAUGAGGAAGUGAAGGUUUGAUCAGAGAUUCGCUCCAGGUGUGACCCCUGACGUUUUGACAUGGAUCUGUUGGCGCAGCCGAGUUGGUGUCAAUGAUAAGCUGCAAGGAGGAAGAAAAUGACAGACAUGGCACAUCCUGAUGGUUCGCAUCCGCUACAACUUGUUGAUCAAAGAAUGUAGUGGCAGCACAGGAUGAAUCUGAAUCAUCAAGGCUUCAGCGUAUUGAUCCAGAUUGUUCACUCACGCUUUCUUUGUGACUUUAUGUCUGAAUGCAAAUUUUGGUAGUUCAAACUCUUUGAAGGUUUUGCUGGCUGGAUGUUUGUUGACACUUAACCGACCACACUAAGUUUUUACUCAAUCGUACUAAACUAAAAUCACUCUUUAUUUGUUUUCUUUCAUCUGAUGGUUUGAACUUCUGCUUGCUGUCAUCUCAAAUGGCUCUUGGGAAGGGUUGCUCACAGUUUAGGCUACAUUGUUCAUUCACCCUUGGAAAGCUAUAAUUUAAGUGCAACUUGUAGCAACACAAUAGCAAUUAUUUUCUGAGGACUUUUUUUUUUUUUUUUUUUUAAUCGAUGUUCUUUUUUUUUUUCUCUUUUUUUUUUUUGCAGGAAAAAUAAAAAAUGGAAAGCAAACACAGUGUUUGAUUUUGCUCAUACUGCCUUUCAUCACAGAAUGCAUGAUUGUUACUUAAUGGGUGUAUUGAGCUCAGACCCAAGUUUCACUGAUUCAAUAAUUCAAUAAUUCACAUGAAAUUUCUUUGAAUAUGGAGUAUUGGUCAACUGAUGUAGGUUUUUAAUGGUCAGAGAACAGGGUGGCUGAUCUACAGUGGGGUCCAAAAGUCUGAAACCAUGUUGAAAAUCUGCUAUAUUAUUCCUGGAAAUAUAGUCUGUAAAGUGUUCAUCUAUGAUAUAAAAUACAUUCUCAUUCAAUUCAAUAUUAUUUCUAGGUCACUAAUCAAAUAAGUAAAUUUGCCACUUUGACCAUGUGACCUCCUUUGUACAAAAGGUCAGAUUUCCUUGCAUCCAUUUGAAGCAUACAAGAUUUUGUAUUAAGGAAAGAAAAUGAAAGCAUAUUCACUGGUUGUCAUAGACUUUUGGAUUCUUCUGUACACAUGCACAAAUGAUCACAAAUAAGAUGUACACAAUUGUACAUUUACAUGUAUGCCUUUUAUCCAAUACAUUGCAAUGUAUAAACUUUUAUCUCAAAAUAUCAGUUAAUAUAUGGCUAAUAUAUUACUUUAUAGCUCUAGGGAUUUAUUCUUUCUUUCUUCAGUGAGCAUGUACAGAUUUUAAAUAUUCUUUAAAAUCAUUCAAAUUAAAUAUUAAUGCUGCACAGUGCCUUCCAGGUAAGAGUGUCUUACCUCCCUUAUUCUGAAGUUUUCUUUUGCAUUUAGACAAAGAAAAAAAGUAAAACUUGAUGAGGGGUUGUGAAUAAUCAUGAUCUUGAAAAAUGCCAAUAUUCUCAUUUCUUAGUUACAAAAACCUUUAUUAGUAUCGUGCUCCUCAUUAAAACCUCUGCAAGCUUAUAAAACAAAUCCUGAGACAAAAGUU